AUGCGCCUUGCAGCAAGAGAAAGGGCUCAAGCAGCUCGAGCAGUUGCUUCCCUUCGCUGCGGUGCUUUGAAUGCCAUGCUCCCGCAGAUCCUCAGCAAGAUGCGCGUGCUGGAUGCUGCUGCUAGAAACGGCACGGGCGCUUCUAAAGUGCAAAGUACCGAUUAUGAUGGCCCCCCACUUAACAUUUUGCUCGUGGGCUCUACCGGGCAUGGCAAGAGUGCAUUGGGCAAUUUUCUACUGAAUCCUACCUUGGAGCACAUCUGGGAAAACCAGACCUUUCAGGUGGGGGACUGUCGCGAAUCAUGCACACAGAGCUGCUCUAUCGAGAGUUCACCGAGUGGCCGGGUGAAGGUUAUGGACACACCGGGCCUCAACGAGAGCCAUGCACGAGAUCUUCCGAACAUGAUCAAAGUGGUGAAGUCGGCACAGCAGCUGGAUAAUGUACAUGCAGUGAUACUUGUCAUGAAAGUGGAUUUUCGCAUGGAUCAGACGUACAAGGACACUCUCCUGUACUACCAGAAGCUGCUGACACCAAAGGUCUUCAAUGCGAACCUGAUCAUUGUCUUGUCCGCUGACGUCAAGCAGCUUCUUGACUUGCCGAAACAUCCCAUGGUGUAUGGCAUUAACUCCUUGCCCGAGAUGCCGGAGGAAUUGGACGAGUCAACAAGAACUCGCAACAGAAUCUUACGAUCUGCGGCCGUGAACCUGGCUCCAGCUCCACUACGUGGUCUCAAAGCUCCCAAAACGUAUGCUGCAGAGACGCUGCGCAUGACAAGAGCAUCAGGCAAGGAGGGUCAGAUAACGCAGAAGCAGGAAACCCUGAGCAAGCUCAUGAAUCUGCCUGAUCCGGUCAAGCUUCAAAUGAAAGCGCAUCAGGACGAUGCAGACCAUGCUGUGCAGAGGGUACGAUCUCUGAAGGAUGAAAUUCGGCAGCUGGACUCUGCGGAAUUGGAGGUGUUGGCGCAGUGGAGCACCGACGCUCCUACUCAACAGAUCAAAGCCGACCAUGACGAAAAUGGGUAUAGGGUCAUCUUCUACGGGUACAAGCGAGACAAGCAUGCAAAAGCACUUGUCCAAAAGCGUGCCGAAUUGCAAGAAAUGACGAGGCAAAAGAAUGAUGCACUGGUGAAGAUGCAGGAGCUUGCUAUGAAGUAUCCGGAGCUUGAGAAUCCAUUGCUCGCACAGAUCGACUCGGAGAUCCGUAGGUUGGAAGAGGAAGUUCGCAAGCUGAAGAGCCCCUUCUUCGCCACAGUGGAGGAGGCGAUUGCCGUAGCUGACAGCAUUGCAGAGGGGGAGGAAGACUGA